AUGGUCAAUGAAAUUGCCAAGUAUCGGGUGUUCAGCACCAUUGAUCUCCGGAGUGCCUACCACCAACUGCCACUCAAAGACGAAGACAAACCUUAUACUGCCUUCGAAGCUCGCAAUGGUCUUUAUCAGUUCACCCGGUUGCCCUUUGGUGUCACCAAUGGAGUGGCCUGUUUCCAAAGGGAAAUGGUUAAGUUGGUCGAGCAGCACGCCCUUAAUGGAGUUUUCCCCUACCUUGACAACAUAACCAUAUGUGGCAAAGACCAAGAAGACCAUGAUGAAAAUCUGGAAAGAUUCCUUGAAGCUGCAAAGUGCAAGAAUGUCUGUUACAAUGAUGACAAGAGCAUUUUCUCAACGAGAUGUCUCCCUCUCCUUGGUUAUUUAAUUGAAGAAGGCAACAGCCUUCCCGAUCCUGAACGUCUACGACCUUUACGCGACCACCCCUUUACGCGACCACCCACAGUGGAUCCCCGAGUACUCUGA